AUGGCGCUCUCGAACGAUAGCCGGCAUCAGAUUCGGCUAGAUAUAGUCAAUCCAGCCGUCCUCACACCGGACGACGAAGUUGACGAGUUUAUGAAUGGUUAUCUUUCCGAAAACAAGCUGCGAACUAUGACUGGCAUGAAGGAUCUCCGGAAAGUCAAGACCAUGGAGCUCCAAGCAGAUGUGAGAAGAACAAGUCUUUCGAAUCUCGGAAAAUGGAUUCCCAAUAUUCAGCAGCUCAAAUUGAACCAUAGCUACAUUCCCACGAUACGGGACAUGGGCGUGGGGUUCUCGUGCCUCAGUAUCCUGUGGAUGUCACAGUGCGACCUUGUUGAGCUCGAUGGCAUCGGGUCUCUUUCGCUUCUCAAGGAGCUGUACCUCUCCUACAACGCUAUCCAGGACCUCAGCUCGCUCAGCAUGCUCGACUGUCUGGAAAUCUUAGAUUUGGAAGGGAACUGCAUUGACGACUACGAUCAAAUUGAAAACCUUGCGCUGUGCCCACUGCAAGAGCUGACGCUGCAGAACAAUCCCAUUUUCGACAACCCUGAGCAGACGGACGAACCACUACAGCGCUCCAGAGAGCAGGAGGAAUACCGCGAGGCUCUGUAUCGACACAAAAUAGCCACGACAUUACCAGAUUUGAAACUUCUUGACGACAAACGGAUCACAUCCGCAGAAAUGAAUCAUCCACCUUGCCGACCCGGCUCGGCCAAUCUGUGGGCAAUGCGCUCCGACAAGGGAGCCACGAGCGAAAUCAAGUCAGAGUCAACCGAUGCGACAGAGUCAUCAUCCAGACCAAGGUCGGUCAGCUCCGGGCGGCCGAAAUCCGCACCACUCAACCCAUUUGCGGCAGGCGGACUGAACAAGUACUUUCCCGACAGCGACGACGAUGCCAGUUCGAGCUUCACGCAUGGCACGGCCAUUUGCGAGGCGAAAGCCAUCGGCGGCGUCUGCGGGUCACACGCGGUCGCCGUCGACGAGAUCCGAGAAGCCAAGCUCUACCGACAGUCACUGGCAUACACAAGUGCCUGGUGGUCAUCAUGCAUUGCAAAGCUCGUUUUCGCCGAAACCCCCGACACGAGAUCCAGCCACCGCGCCUGGGUCGCUGGCCUCAGCAGAGGCCGGCAACAAUCCCCAAAUGAACCCUCUUUCAAGCAACGAAGACGGCAGCGAUAGCAGCCAGCUUGUGAUUCGACGUCAGGGAAGGACGAUACGAGCACGAAAGCAAAGUCACAUGAAGUUGGCCGCACUACCGCACAGUCCUUUCGCAAUCGGAACGGACGCGGAGAUAGCUGCGCGGCUGGGCGAAUAUUCGAGUCCAGCUCCGACAUCGAUGAUUACACUUUGAUCAG